AUGGCCGAACCAAUCCCAGCACCCGUCCCGGACCCCGCGCCGCCAGAACCCACCAUCCACGACUUCCCCCUGCCGCUCGCGCUCACCUACCCGGCCGCGACGGAGCCCGCCCUCAUAACGCAGGGCGCCGAGGGCAGGCUGUACAAGAGCUCCUAUCUGCUGCCCUCGUUUCCCUGCGCGCUCAAGCACCGGCCCUCGAAACCCUACCGGCACCCGCUCCUCGACGCCAAGCUCACCCGCCACCGCAUUCUGGCCGAGGCGCGCAUCCUGCAGAAGUGCCGCCGCGAGGGCGUCGCCGUCCCCGCCCUCUACGCCGUCGACGAGGCGAACGGCGUCCUGGCCAUGGAGUGGGUGCCCGGCGCCCCCGUGAGGGUCAGGGUCAACGAGUGGAUACGGCGGCGGAAGGAGCAGCUCGGCCGUGCGGAGGAGCUGCUGGGUCUCAUGAGGAGGAUGGGAGAGGCCGUGGGCAAGCUGCACAAGUGCGGCGUCGUGCACGGAGAUCUCACGACGAGUAACAUGAUGCUGCGGCCCUGGGAGAAGGGCAAGGCACCCAGCAACGGCCAGGCCGAGGCCGCCGAGGGCGGCCAGGAGGAAUCGUUGGAGGGCGAGAUUGUCAUCAUCGAUUUCGGCUUGGCGAGCCAGGGCACGCAAGACGAAGAUCGUGCUGUGGACUUGUAUGUCCUAGAACGCGCGUUUGGCAGUACACACCCGAAAGCAGAGGGCCUAUUCUCGGCCGUCUUAGAUGGAUACAGAGGUACAUUUAAAGGUUCGCCGGUAGUGCUCAAGAAGUUAGAGGAUGUAAGGAUGAGAGGACGCAAGAGAAGCAUGUUAGGUUAAAGGGCACCAAGCAAUUUGUCUGCACGAGUCCGACUUGCCACUAUACUCAAGAUCGUCUUCGCUCUGAUUGGCUCGUGUUUUCGUCGAAACGGUCGAUAGGAGUCGCGCCAUGUCUGCUUUCCCGUAGGCUCUACAUGCAAUGUCACCCAAGUAGCUGAGCAGAUGACGGGGAGCCCUUUAUUCGUCCGUAUCGAAGUUGCAUCAGUAUAUGUACCUGACGUACCAGGUAUGAGUCGAGGGGGCGAGGACGGACAGAGACAGACAAACAGUCUAAGCAUCCAUCCCACUCAGCUAGACCCCCCAGCACUUUCUCCGAAAGUUGCUAUAUGGGUCAUCGCAACGCCCUUUCAAAUUCUUUGCGGCUGCUGUGCUGGAAGAGCAUGGAUCAAAGCCAACACGCUAGGAUAAGAGGUUUGAA